UGGCUGGGAAGCUGGGCCGGGCCUCGCGGGCUGGAUAGGAGCCCGCCCAGAGGAGGCGUCUGGGCCGAGGCCGUCCCAGGCUUGGCUCUGCGGGAGAAGUGGGCCGGGCGGGGAGAGGGGGACUGGAGGGGGGAAGGGAAGGUCUCCGAGUUCUCUGGGAGGUGGACUGGGUCCGAGGGCCCCGGACGGCCUGAGGUGGGACUCUGCGUUCGAGGCCUCCCGCCACUGACCAGCACUGUGGCUCAGGCGGGUCACGGCCUGUUGGGCCUCAGUUUCCCUCGGGCAUGGAUCGCGGGGCGGCUUCGCUGAUCGCGAGGCCUAGUGCCCCGGAAACCACGUGGUCAAAGGGCUGAGCCGUGUGGCCAGACAAGAGAGGCCCCUGCCCCUGCCCAGUGAGCUCUGCUGUUCUUAUGGGAGCCAUGAAGCUGAACGAGAGGAGUGUGGCCCACUACGCCCUGAGCGACUCCCCAGCAGACCACGCAGGCUUCCUGCGCACUUGGGGGGGCGCAGGGACUCCACCCACCCCCAGUGGCACUGGCCGAAGGUGCUGGUUUGUCCUUAAAGGCAACCUGCUGUUCUCCUUUGAGAGUCGAGAGGGCCGGGCCCCACUGAGCCUAGUGGUGCUGGAGGGCUGCACAGUGGAGUUGGCCGAGGCUCCCGUGCCUGAAGAGUUUGCCUUUGCCAUCCGCUUCGACGCCCCUGGAGUGCGCCCACACCUGCUCGCGGCAGAUGGGCCAGCGGCCCAGGAGGCCUGGGUGAAGGCACUGUCCAGGGCAAGCUUUGGCUACAUGCGCCUGGUGGUGCGUGAGCUGGAGAGCCAGUUGCGUGAUGCCCGCCACAGCCUGGACCUGCAUCGCCACUCAUCCUGGAAGGCCAUUCCCAGCCGCUGUAAGCCCCAGGCUCCUGACCACUGGUCUCUUGGCCUGGCGAAUGGUCACUCCCUCUCCAGAGAUUGCAGCCCUAUGGGCUUGGUGGAAGAAGGGGGCAGCAGGCCAGCAGGGCGGGGCUUGGCUGAGUGGGAGUUGCAGGGCCCUGCCAGCCUCCUCCUAGGCAGGAGGCAGAGCCCUGUGUCCCCGGAGACCUCCUGCUUCUCUACUCUACAUGACUGGUAUGGCCAGGAGAUUAUGGAGCUGAGGCGGGCGUGGCUGCAGAGUGCCCAGGGGAGCCAGCCAGAUUGCGAGGAACAAGAUAGGCCCUGAGCCUGGGCCCUUCGGGUUCAGCCCUUGUCCUGCUGGUCAGGACACCAGGGCCAGUGCUUUUUCAAGAGUUUAAUGUUUACUGGUUUCUGAAGUUGCUGUUGGAUGUGAGUUCUCCCCUUCCUGCUUUUUAGGCUUGCUCCAGGUUCCAAAUCCACCCUUACGCCUAGAGGGGACUGAGGAAUCAUUAACUUUCAACCCCUUUAUUUCCUGAGGGCCAGAGAGGAGAGGUGGCUUGCUCAGCAGGCACAGACCUAGGUCUCCUGACUCUGCCCUUCUCUCAGGGGAUAUUAAUGAAAUGGAGGAAGUGGGGCAUAUUACAUGACCACAGACCGCUCUGCCUUUCACCUACACACGAUUCUACAGACACAAUUUCCAACACGGGGAAUCUUGUAUAAAUACCAGAAGUUGACUGCUGUGUUGGCUUGAGGGACUGAUACUGUCAGAAAAAGUGGGUUUACUGUGUUAUGGGGGUUUCUGGGGCCCGGCUCAUCCUGAGUGAUGAGAAGAUUGGGCACGGGACCCCCACUCUGCAAUUUGGACAGGACCCUUUGGAGGGAGAGGGCACUUAGCCAGUCAAGAGGGAUUUAUCCUGCUCCGAAAGUGUUAGGGCCCCAUCUUCUUUCCCUGGCUGCCCUAUCAACAGACAGUGCUUGGUCACCAUUGCCCCAGGAGGGCCAGUAGCUUUUAUAUGUCAGCAGAAAUCCUUCCUGUACUCUGUCCUCAGCUGCCAAGUAGGAAGCUGAAGUGGGGAGGCAGUGAGGCUCCCUGGGAAAGCCAGUUUCUUACUUUGGUUUUCAGUCCUGGGCAUUCUAGGAGCUUGGGCACAGGAUUCCUGGCACCCUGUGAUAAACUCUUCUGUCUUGGCUGGACUCCCAGAGAGAUGUUCCUGAUCCUGAAACCCCCUAGGAACUCGUUCACAGUCUUGCUCGGCACCCAGUGUGUACCUGCCAAGAUCCUCUUGUUCCUACUCUCACCAGCAUGGCACCAAGCGUUUGCUUUAUCGAUUGUUCUGAGAGGAAAAGUGGCUGGUUGGACAGAGCCAGAGGCCAGAUCAGACUGAUAGCCUAGGGGUGUGGUGGCGGAGGCUGGAUGGAAGAUGCAGAGCCUGGUCCAGUCAUCCCCCUACUCCAAUAUACACAGUCUCCCCCUUCUUAGCCUCUCUCCCUUACUGGGGCCUUGGACAGCCUGAGCUUGAGGCUUGGGCUCAGAGCCUCUUAAGUCCAGCAGGCUGACAUGCCGUCCAGGGUCCUGGACCAGUUCCUAGGAAGCCAGGCCUGUUUCCCAAGAAGAGGGGCCACCUUCCCAGCCCUGUAUGGGAGCCCCACAGCCCCGAUGCGUCUUGUUUUAUACACAGACACUAUUGGCUUUUUGUUAUCUUUCCUAUUGUUACAGUGCUUUUUAUACGAUUAAAACAUUAUGGUUUUUUAUUACUUAUUUUGGCUCAAGUUUACUUUAGCAAUCACCUGGACAGUUUGUGUGAAAGCCCCCAUUUCCCCCCUUUUCAGAUAUAUUUUCCAUUUAGCUAUACAUAACAUAUACCUUGGCAUGAAAUAAAAUUCCAAAAUCA